GCUGCUUUGGGAAAAGAACGUUUUUUUUCAACAACAGCCGGAGCGGGGUUGAGCCGGGGUUAUUCUUGCCAGGACGAACGUGGCGGUUGGCUGCGGCCUACUACAAGCAGGCGGCGCUGCCAGGUCGAUUCCCCUCGCGCUCGCAGGAAGGACUACUAGAGGCGCCAGCGUUAGCCCCUGCGCGCACCAGCCAGCCACCGGCGUCGUGUGGCCGGCGUCCGCGUUACUGAGGGAGGAGAGAGAACGGUGGCGUAGUGGGUACGGUGGUGAUGGGGGCCGAUAGCGGGAGAGCAAGCGAUACACAACGACACCCGCAGCAGGUGCCAGGGUACUCCGCGGCAGCCACCGCAGCGACGGUGAUGAUAUUUUCCGGAGAAGAGGUGAUGCUCGACAGCGGGGGGGGCAGCAGCGACGGGUGCGACUACAUCCCGGCGCCAGCAGUAGCGGCGGCCGCAGCAGCAGCCGUAGCGGACGUUGGUCGCGCCACGCCAGCACUGCCCAGCGGCGGCGGCGGCGGCGGCGGCGGUGGCGGGGCUGGAGGUGAAGUCUACUUCUCGGCGGCCGGGCCGUUGGAAGUGGACAAGCAUUCUUCGGCGGCGGCAGCGGCGGCGGCGGUGGCGGCGUACACCGGCGGGAUGCUGGCGAAGGGGGGAGGCGGCGGGUAUGCCGGACUUUCGCACGAGGAGGUGCAGCUGCAGCAGCAGCAGCAGCAACAGCAGACUCUGCCGCUGUCGCCCCCGCAGGCGGCGCUCGACAAGGACAGGUUCAAAGCCGAGGCGAUGGAGCUGGAGUCGGCGUUUCGCUCUCGGGACUCCGGGGUGCACGGCAGGACCGACGAGGGGGAUGCGUCCGGACGGCAGCUCGCCUCCGCUAGGCGGUUGAGAUCCCUGCUGUCCUCCAACAGGGAGGACCUUAUUCGAGAGGCUCUGGAGCGAGAUUGGGUGCCGCUGCUCAUGGGGUGGCUCGGAGCUGACACGCGCCCGGCGGUGCAGGUUGAAGCGCUGUGGGCCCUCACCAACAUCGCGGCCGGGGCCCCGGACCACGCCCAAGUCCUCACCAACAGCGGCGCGGUACCCCCCCUGGUGGUUCUGCUCGACAGCCCCAACGAGGAGGUCCUCGAGCAGGCGCUAUGGCUGCUGGGGAACCUGGCCGGGGAAGGGGCGGCGGCGAGAGACGCCGUCCUGGCGGUGGACGCGCUGCCCCCCCUUGUGCGAUGCCUUGAGAGACACCAGGGGUAUUGUUAG